AAUACCGGGAAUGACGCUGCGCCUCAGCUGAACAAUGGAGCAUCGAUAGAAAUGAGCUCCUCUCAUCCAACAGGAGCAUCUGGUCGGUGUCAACAGCAGACAUAGCGGCGUUAGAGAGCUGCGGUGCUGCUGGUCUAACCGGAGGAAUAACCCGGUCAGUGUUUAGCCAGUUAGCGAAGCUGCAGCCAUCGCUCCGGUGUUUCUAGCUAACCUCCAUCAGUGUGAGGAGAGCUGAGCUACCAGCGGUCUGCACCAUGGAGUUCCCCUUUGACAUUAACCACAUCUUCUCAGACAGGAUCUCCAUCCUGGAUCACACUCUGGUUGCAAGUCGCCAAUCAGCAGUGAGGACUGAUCUUCAGGACCAAAUUGCAGCUGUUGUUGAUGAGCUUGGGAGAGCCUCAGCAAAGGCACAGCAGCUCCCAGCACCUAUAACAAGUGCCUCCAAACUGCAGUCCCAGAAGCACCAGCUGUACCUGAUGAAGGACGGAGAGAGCAACCGAGGGCGUGGUCUGGUUGUUGGAUUUCUGAAGGUCGGCUACAAGAAGCUGUUUCUGCUGGAUCGAAAUGGUGUGCACGUUGAAGCAGAGCCGCUGUGUGUUUUGGAUUUCUACGUUGCAGAAACCCUACAGAGACAUGGCUAUGGGCUGGAGCUGUUCAAUUACAUGCUGCAGCAUCAGAAUGUGGAGCCGGAGCUGCUGGCCUACGACAGACCCUCCAACAAACUGCUGGCGUUCUUGGCUAAGCAUUACGGCCUGGUGCGGAGCGUCCCUCAGAUGAGCGGAUGGUACAGAUCGAGGUUCCAGUGCGGAUCAGGUAGUGACACUGCUCGCCUUGUGGCCCAGUUGAGGCGCGUUAAGAAGCCUGAUGGAGAAAUCAAGCCUUAUUCUUUAAUGGAAAGAGAAGUGGUUCGCCAAGAGCAGAGGACUCUUCCUUGGCCGUUCGCUGCUCCUCAGUCCCCUCAGCGAUCAGCAUCUUCCCAGUGCUCCUCCAGUGUGGGAUCGUCUCCCAGUAGGGCGCCUCCUGGUGUCACACAUUCAUCUUUCCGUGGAGACAACAGGGAGCAGAGUCCACAUUCACCUCUCAUCGACUGCUGCAGGACAAGGCGUAGCAACCCAAAGGCUCUGGUUGCCCGAUCAAGCCUGUACAGUCGCCACAUGGACCUCAGAGCUGCAGGACUGUUGGACAGAAACCUUUCAGGUCCUGGUCUGAUGGGAGACCCGCUGUGUUCUCUGGGCAGCCAAUCGGAGCGCAGGUUGGCAGGUUUUCUCUCACCACUGCACUUUUACAGCUUAGGCUGCUCAGUUUGGAGCCGCUGUGAGGAGACGGUCAAUUAGCUGGCGUGACUAAGCCUGUGUGCAGGAGAAGUUUAUGUGGCUAAAAUACGUCAUUGGGAAAAAAAAAGACUGUAGUUAGUGAAAGACUUUACAGCUAAAGUUGGGUCCAGCUGUGGGUUCCACCCUCCCUGUCGGGUACAGAGACGACAAUGAAUCCAGGUCUUGUUCUGGAGGUGUAUCAGGAGCUGCUGCACCUUUCUGGCCUCGCUGGCUGCAGGCUUAUUACAGCACCAUCAAAGAGCUGUAAUCAGCUGACGUUUGGGUCUAACUUAGCGUGUCUCUGCUCGCCUUAAAGGACUGAAUCGGACACACUCCUUCAGCCGGCUCAGGGUUAGUGUGGA